AUGGAGCUGGUCGGCGACGAACGAGUCGUUAGUGGCACAGUGAUACGCGCGUAUCCAUUGCAGUCGCUGCGUGGCGAUACAUCUCUAAGCAGUACAGGAUCAGGCACAUUCGGUCCUGGUGUUGGGCCGUGCGGACAGGAUGCGGCGUCACAAAUGAUGGCAGUCGUUGUGGAGAACCAUAUCCUUUUCACAUUGAUCAUGGCGAGUGCUGCCCUUAUAUAA